AUGGGAGAAAAUGGAAGUUUUUGGGAAAGCUUGAUAUAUGCCCAUCCAACAUGUACCACCUGGAAGCAAGAGGCAGAGGGAUCCAUCUACCACCUAGGAAGUAUUCUCUUUGUUGUGGGCUUCAUGGGUGGAAGUGGAUUCUUUGGGCUUCUCUAUGUCUUCAGCUUACUUGGAUUGGGCUUUCUCUGCUCCUCUGUCUGGGCUUGGCUGGAUGUCUGUGCUGCUGAUAUAUUCUCCUGGAAUUUCAUACUGUUUGCUAUCUGCUUUGUCCAGUUCAUCUAUGUUACCUACCAAGUUCGGAGUGUUUCCUUUGACAGAGAAUUCCAGGAACUCUACAGUGCUCUAUUCCAGCCUCUGGGAAUUUCCUUGACUGUUUACAGGAAAAUUGUCUUGUGCUGUGAUGCAGAAGUGGUUACCUUGGAGAAGGAACACUGUUAUGCCAUGCAGGGCAAAACACCUAUUGAUAAACUGUCCUUGCUUGUCUCAGGCAGGAUCAGAGUGACAGUCGAUGGGGAGUUCCUGCAUUAUAUUUUCCCUCUUCAAUUUCUGGAUUCUCCUGAAUGGGAUUCCCUGAGGCCCACAGAAGAGGGAAUUUUCCAGGUAACGCUGACGGCAGAGACGGACUGCCGGUACGUGGCCUGGAGGCGGAAGAAGCUGUACCUACUGUUCGCCAAGCACCGCUUCAUCUCCCGCCUCUUCUCGGUUCUCAUUGGCUGUGACAUUGCUGAGAAACUCUAUGCCCUGAACGACAGGGUGCAGGUGGGGCAGGGCUUCAGGUAUGACAUUCGCCUGCCCAACUUCUACCACGUCUCCCUGCCAGAGACCCCCCGAGUGCAGCCCCCCCACCGCCUGCAGAGAGGCUCCCCCCGGCGCAAGCCCGUGGGGACUACAAACUGCGGCUCCUAG